GUGAGCCUUGACAAAAACGUUCGGACUGGUUAAUACGAGUAUAUUGAAAAUUCAAAUCUUUUUGGUGCAAUAAAAAAUCAUCGGUGUUUAUCUAAAUUUCUGUUGAACUAAAUUCUAUUUUUCAUUGCCGGAACACACUCCGGAGAACGCCAGAAUAUAAAAUAAAGUUUUUAUGUUCAGUACGUUUAUGUCUGAGCCCGCAGUCAAAGGAUGCGGUUCUUUAUGUUUUUAGGUGCUGUCAUGAUCAUUACCUUCAUCUACGCCUCUUUCUCGGCGAAGGAAAGGAAACCCCUCCAUUCCGUUGGAGGGUUUACGAUGCGCCAUGAUAUCGAGGAAAAAGUUACAAGGAAAAUCAACGGCAGCAACAAUCAUGGGAAAACCAUUGAAAAUUAUCAGCACACCGAAAGGGGCAUCAUGCCGGAGAAGAAAAAUCUCGUUUUAGUGCAUAGCAGUAUGGAAGGCUUUCAAACCUUUUCGGCGGAUUUAAAUCCACUGCCAAAGUCGGCGGAGAACGAGGAUAUCAAGAACAUAAUACGGAACCAUCUUUUGAAAUACCCAAGGAAACCCAAAAAGAGGCCACGCAAUCGGAAUCAGUCCCUGAAACCCCUAACCACUGCAAGCAGCGUGAAAACAUCAAGAGCUGCACCCGUAUUACCUGUACUUACUCCAGUACUUACAAUGAAGCUCUAUGAAACCGGCCACCUGAACGAAGAGAUUGAUAUACAGAGAAUAUGCACACACGGGGGAUCAAGUUUAAAGCUGCUCAUUCUGAUCACCUCAGCACAGUCCCACUCUAUGGAGAGAAUGUCGAUCAGACAGACCUGGAUGCACUAUGCAAGCCGGCGAGAUGUGGGCAUGGCCUUCGUCCUCGGCCGCACUACGAAUGCGACCCUGAACGAGUCUAUCAACCAGGAGAACUAUAUUUAUGGCGAUAUGAUACGUGGAAACUUCAUAGACUCGUACUUCAAUCUGACCCUGAAGACGAUCUCGAUGCUUGAGUGGACAGAUACGCACUGUCCCCGGGUGAAGUACAUCCUUAAGACAGAUGACGAUAUGUUCAUCAAUGUUCCUCGUCUGCUCGAUUUCAUUGAUGGGAAAAAGGACACUCGAACCAUCUAUGGCCGCUUGGCCAAGAAGUGGAAGCCAAUGCGCAGUAAUAAAUUGAAAAAUUUUGUGUCUCACCAACAAUAUAGGGACGCCGUUUAUCCACCAUUUACCACCGGACCCGCCUACCUCCUCACCGGAGACAUUGUACAUGAGCUAUACAUGCACUCGCUCAGAACGUUUUAUUUUCAACUGGAGGAUGUCUUGAUCACGGGCAUUCUGGCCGAGAGCUUGAAUAUUAGUAGAGUUCACGUAGACAACUUUUGCAACCGCCGCAUUAUUUUCACCCCGUGCAGAAUCAGCUUCGCGAUCAGCGUGCACAUGAUCAAGGAAAACGAACAAUACAAUCUAUGGAGGAAGCUGAUGGACUCGACUCUUAAAUGCAAAGUAACCAUCUUUGAGAAUCAAAAGCAUCCACAAUUGCUUUGAAUGCAUUGCCGGGAACAAAGAUCAUAUAAAUGUUGGGAAAGUUUACAGUUUUAAUAAGCUGUGCCAAAAAUUAGCCAACCCUACCUAUCUUAUUAAUCUAACUUUUUUUUAUUGCUGAAACACGGUAAACACGAUAAAACUACAUGUCAUGAGAGCUUCCGUUUGUUUCAAGUUAGGCAACACCUUCAUGCUUGAUAAGACAGACCCAAUUCCUCCCUGUCUUUCAGAUAACAGCAAUAAAGUGGUUGUCACACAAAUCAAUUAAUGAACAGUGUAGAGAGCCACUCUGGCCAACACAUAGACAGACAGUCGGAACCAAAAAUAGGGGGGUGGGGGGGUUCAAAAUGCGAGAUACUUAUAAAAAUGUGACAUAGUCUUUAAGAUGGUUUCUAUGAAAUUUCAAGGCUGACUGAUAUGAAACUGUUAAACCUGACAGCUAUGUAACUAAAAAAGCCGACUGCAGUGUGAACAUAUUCUGGCUUCCAUUAAACUAUUAACUCGGACUGCUAUUAGACAAUAAUAAAGUUUCUAUAAAGCUGUGACACUUUGAAACCAUUAGAGCUAAAUUCUGUGAAACGGUAGUAACUUAUAGUUAAAAAAUCAUGGCCUGGCUACCGUGGCCUACACUGCUGCAGUCUUGCGGACUUUCCCAGGACCGAUGCAUACAACUGAAGAACAUUAUGGGGCAUUACUUCAUCAAGAACUAUCCAGCAGAAUCUUGAACUGGAAUUGGGCGUCAACAAAAUGAAGGAAUCGUUAACGAUUUUCAUUGCCUGAUCAACAACACAUUCACUGAACGGAACAUUGCCCGCUUAUUUCAUGGCAUGAGAAGUCCAACGUUACAUAUUCUGACUCGUCCACAUGGAAGUCGACUUCAAUCGUAUUCUCUGGUUGGCCAGUUAAUUAUCAGGAGAUAAUCAAACGGCGGACUUCAUCAAAAUUGCCAUUGUCGGUGUCGAAGAAGAGCUAACGGAACCUUUACAUUUCUUUAUAUAAACUAAAAUAUGUAGAAAUACUUGCUGCAACUCGUUUGCA